AUGGUCUACACUAUCGUAGUCCACCUCUACGCCAAGAAUUCCGCAGAGUCCAUCUCGAAGUUGCACGACAAGCUCGUCGAAGCUAGCAAUGUGUACAGCAAGGACCAGGAGACAAUUUCUUGGUUUGUGAUGCAGGAUAAUCAAGACAAGAGGGCCUUUACCAUUGUAGAACGCUACGAGCAUGAGAGCAAUCCAUACUGGAAGACGUUCAAUCCGUAUGUCGAGCCAUUACUUGAAAAGCCGAUGGAUUUGAGGCGCUUCAAUGAGUUGUAG